UUAUGAGUGGCAAAUUUUCAUAAUAUCAUAGUACAAAACUCUUUGCUAAGAUGAUGCCCGAAAAGUCAAAGCGGGGUUGCAACAUAUCCAAACCGCCUUGCACCCAUUUGAGCGACAAGACAUGAUACGGAUAGAUAUACGGAUUCUCUGUACGGAGUAGCCAGCUAUAAAAGAGGAAAAGAUCACGCUCUCCACCGAUUCCUGGUGUUGCGGCGCACCCGACCAGGGGCCCGAGAUCCCGGACGCGAUGACGAUGACAAAUGGAUGACGUAGUUGACGGUCAAUCAAUUGGCACGCAACGCAAAACACCAACAUGAAACUGGUUGCCUAUGUCGGCUUAUAUAACCAUUUCAAUCAAACAUAUGCUCCUCAUGCAUAGUCAAGAGAAUAAUAAAUUCAGUUCACAUAGUUACCACUGAAUAUCCCAUUGCUACAAUCUGGAAAGACGGACUAAAAGCGAUUCUCCAAACAACUAACAUCGAUAAUCAUGUAUAUCCCCACAGCACAGAGCGUCCUAACCGCAGGCCUAGCCCUGACAGGUUUACACAACAAACCAUCGGAGGUAGCCUCAGGCAAAGUCAUGGACUACGCAGUAGAAAAGUGCUACGACGGCGACAACACGCGCUGCACGACGCCGUUCCUAGUGACCAAGUCGACGUGCUACGAGAUCAAGUGGUCGACGGCGGGCGCGCUAACGCACACGACGGCCGAGGUCCGCGACGCCGGCUCCGGCGAGCUCGUCUACUACCGCGACACGGACGGCCAGUGGACCCCCGAGAAGGGCGAGCUCGUGUACAUGGACUUCAAGCCCAAGGUGCCCGGGACAGGAAACUCGACGGUCGAGUACCGGGUUACUACAUGCGAGUAAAUCCGCGUGGGUGA